AUGGCUCGUAUAUCCCUCAUUAUUUUGCUUAUUACAUUCAAGUUGACAUGUGCUGCACUUGAUACAGCUGCUGUAAUUGCUAUUCAGACUGAAAUUAAUAAACACAAUGCAGAUAUUGAAAUGAUUUUGGAUCACAUCAAAAAUUUGAAUGCCAGAGUUAGUGAGCUUGGAAGACCAGGACCGCCAGGAAUAAAUGGAUCUCCAGGUUUUCCUGGCGCAAAAGGAGAAAAGGGAGAUCCUGGGUUGGAUGGAAUGCCAGGGAAAGACGGUAUGCAGGGAAUUCCCGGUGUGAAAGGUGAUAUGGGACCGAUUGGUCCAACUGGAAUGAAAGGUGAUAAAGGGUCCAUGGGAUUCCCAGGCCAAAAAGGUGAAACUGGAAGCGCAGGAAUUCCUGGUCUUAAAGGAGAUACCGGAAUUCCGGGAAAGGUUGGAGAACCCGGAGCUACUGGGCAACCUGGUGCAAAGGGUGAAAAAGGAAUGGAAGGCUUGCCGGGAAGUAAUGGACUUCCGGGUUCACCAGGUUGGCCAGGAAGUAAAGGAGAGGAUGGAUUGCCAGGGAGACCAGGUUCCCCCGGAUUCCCUGGCAAGAAAGGAGAACAAGGUACCAGUGGAAUUCCAGGAGUUCCAGGAGUUAUUGGUGAAAGAGGAUUGCCAGGUGCUCCUGGUCCCCAAGGAAUGAUGGGACCGAUUGGUCCACCUGGACAGAUUGGCUUACCAGGACCUAAAGGAGAUACCGGACCAGCUGGAUUGCCAGGAAGCAAAGGCGAACAAGGAAAAGAUGGCAUCCCAGGACUUCCAGGAUGGAUUGUAAAUGACAAAGGUUAUUGUAUUCUUGCGCUCGGAAAUUGUCCACCAGCAUUCACCCAAAUUGGAGCAUAUCAGGCGCACGUUGACAAUUAUCGCUUCGGAGACUAUUCACUGGUCAAAUCGUCUGGAAUCGGUGGAAAUGAGGAACAAUUUGCGUUGAAAGUUCACGCGUGUUGCAGAUAA